AUGAACCCUGCACAGGAGCUAUUUGGAGAUCAGCAGGAUGAUGAUCAUCAGCAGAAUUAUAUUCAUAUCCGGAACCAACAGCGGAAUGGCAGGAAGAGUCUGACCAUCAUCCAGGGUCUACCGAAACAAUUUAGCUCCAAGAAAAUCCUUAAGCAUUUCAAAAAGGAGUUCAAUUGCAAUGGCAGUAUUACGGAAGACCCCGAGUUCGGCAAGGUCAUUAUGAUCCAAGGUGACAAGCGAAAGCUGGUAGGAGACUUCUUGGUCCACGAGGGAAUUGCCGAAAAAGAUUUCGUUAAGGCAAGUCUAUGA